GCCGGCGCUGUCGACGCUGCGGUUGUUGCCAUGGGGAUGUCGCCGCAUAGCAACGCCGGGGGACGCGGAGACAGACGCCGCUCGCGAGACGCGGCCGGGAAUCGAGGCCUGCGCCUCGGCUCGCUCAGCUGAGCCUGACUGACUUGGUAUUCACACACACCGCGCUGUGCGAGGCGACCUGUGGACAGGGCAAGGCGACGAUGAUGUCUCUCGAGAGGACGCGGCGCCGACGGGAGGUGACCGGACCCGGCGUGCACGCGGUCGCCCUGCGAGAGCGCGGUCCCAGAGUCAUGCCCGCCGUGAGCGCACAGGCGAGCGAGCGCUGGCGGCAGCAGGCGCGGGAGGACGCCCUGGCGCUCGUGCAGGCCGACAAGCUCGCGCGCGUCAAGGGCGAGUGGGAGCAGCGGAGCGAGCAGCGUGCCACGCGCUCCACGGUGGACCGCCACCUCUACACCGCCAUGCAGGGCCUCAGUCUGUCUCUGCAGGACCGCCGAGAAAGGCUGACGAAGCUGCUGGAGGAGGAGGAACGCGGCUAUCUGGAGGAGCUGCAGCGCACGCAGGAGACCACGUUGGAGCGGCAGGCUCGCAUGCGCGAGCGCGCCAAGGCCCUGAGGGAGCAGCGCGAGUGUGAGCGGCAGCAGCUGGUCACGCAAAAACUGGAUCAGCAGUUUCGAGAGCAGAGCGAGGAGCUUCGCACCGUCCUGUCGCGCUGGCACCAGGACCAGGUGUGCACCGAGCGGCACGUGCAGCUGGCGGAGCGCGACGCCGCGCGACAGCGGGAGCACCAGGAGGAGAGGCUCUUCGCCGAGCUCUGGGAGCGCGACCGCUUGGCCAAGACUGAGCGCGAGGAGAGGCAGGCACUGGAGCGCGCCGAGAGCAACCGCGAGAGCUUGCAGGCGCUGCAGCAACAACGGGCGGCUGCGCAGGAGCAGAGAGAGCAAGCGAAACGACUCAAACAGGAGGAGGCUGAGCUCAUGAGGGAGCAGCGGGAGCUUUGCAAAGUGGAGGAGGAGCGCGCCCAGCAGGACAAGCAACGCCAGCGACAGCAGACGCGAGCCAUGCUGGACUCGUCCGUGCGGUUCAAGUUGCAGCGGCUGGCACGCGAGCGGCAGGAGGAGAUGGAUUUGGACAUGAGGCUGCUUGAGCAGAUGGUGCAGACGUCGAGCAACGAGAGCCAGGACCAGCAGCAACGCAAGAUGGAGCUGCGCAAGGAGCAGCAGCUGUACCGUCAGCACUUGGCCCAGCAGGCGGAGGAGGAGCGGCAGUGCGCACGCGAGAUGGAGCGCCUGAUGGGGGCCGAGCUGGAGCGCAUGUGGCGCCGGCGCGAGGAGCAGUGGCGCCUGGAGAAGGAGGCGCGCAACCGCCUCUUCAAGGACGUCAUGGACGCACGGAAGCAGCAGAUCCAGGAGAAGCUGGACCGCAAUUCGCAUAAGCAGCAGGAGCUGAUCCAAGAUCAAAAGCUGAUGGAAGAAGCUGCGAAAGAAAGCAAACGGAUUGAGGAAGAGCAGCAAGCCAGGGUGAAGAGCGCGAACUGGGAGCAUCAGGCUGCACUGCGGUCUCAGAUAGAGCACCAGCAGAGAGUGCACGCAGUCGAGCGCCAGGCGGCACAGCAGGAGCACGAGCAGACGUUGCUGGCCCAGGCCGCCUACCAAGAGAAGCUGCACGACAUCCUUUCCCGGCCAGAGUCGGAGAGCAAGCUUGUGCACCCUCUGCGCAGGGUGCAGUCACCCUUCACGCCUCACGGAGGAGGCUCGGCAUAGAGCCGGAGCGUAUAUACAUAUACAGCUCGGUGCCUAAACACGCACACAUUCAGUGAGACGUGGGGGGGUGCCCGGGUGGCUCAAGAGGUCAGAGCGCUGAGUUGGCACAGCUGACAUUCUGGGUUCAAAUCUGCGAUUAAGCCCGGGUUUGCGAUUGUAGUGAUUUGAUGCUCUCAGAUUAUUCAGCAAUGACGGCACACAAAAAGGAAACCCAUCAGAUUACAUUAUUGCACUGAGCUUAAUUUGGAUAAAUUCCAGCUCGGAAAAUGUCUAUUUUGUUUGAUUGUCAUGUGACAAACAAUACUCUGUGUGGCAGGGUGGGUGAGAAAGUGCUGCCCCUUAGUCUGUGGACCAGGGGUCACUUGAACGGAGUUUUGAGGUAGGUCUUUGAUACCCGCUUCCGUGGGCCAUUCUCUGCACUGCUCUGAGAGCGAUCCGAAUGGAUGUAUGUUGAACUUAUUUCGCACCGUACGUAGCCAAACCGUGCGAAUCGUCUCAUGGCUUGAUAUCCAUAGCACAAGUGGGGUAAAAUUGGGGGGGGUAAAUAAAACAAAUUGUGGGACAUCGUGUACCUGGUGAAGAGUCAUGGUUCUAGUUUGAGGAGGGAAUAGACUGCCUUGGGUUUAUACAGUCUCAAGAUCACAUUUUUUUCAGGUGGUUUAAGUUAAAUAAAAUCCAUCAAUGGCUUCAUCAGAUCUUCCUAUACCAGAAGGAAAUGCAUUAUCGCGAAUCCACAGUACAGUGUGUAAAUUAAUUAAGAGCAGCCAAUUGCACUCAUGAAAUAUUUCCAAAUUUCGCUUGAUGGUUUAUGUACUUCUGUGUCAAUUUUGAAAUAAAAAAAACUUCUGGUAGUUUUUCUCACGCCAAACUCACAAAGCAAUGCCUCUUUUAUCGAAUGAGUUAAGAUGGUUAACCACCACCACUGGAAAAAAAAUCUCCAAAAUCAGAAAAAUGUUGACAGUAAACCUUCCAGAAGGGAGGAGUUAAAUAUAUAUGUGCUCUGCUUGUUGCUAUUCUUAGUAAGAUAAAUUACACUGUAGUAACCAGAUAAAUAUGGAAAUGUAUAGUGACUUGAAUCUUUACGUACCGUAAUGAUAUGAACACCAUACAAAAUACAGAUUAUUUCUGCUUCUAAAAAUGAGUAAAGUGCUAAUAAAACGAGAAUAACGUCACCUCGGCGAACCGCGAGGAACCCGUGGAACAUCUCAACCAAGAAGCGGCUCCUUUGAGAUGGAAAACAACGAUUAAAGUAGCAGUGCCAUCCUUGGCAUGCAUGGGGGUGAGGUGGGGGGGCGCACCAUAGGAAACUUAAAACAAACUUUCAAGAAAUAUCACUGUGUAACACAAUGUUUGUUCCUGGAUAGUAAGUGUUAUUUCGUAAUUGCUUGUGCCUAAAAAGUAUAGAAAAUGUCGAUUAUUCCCCACAAACGUUGCUUGUGUGACCAGGACAGUGAUAUUUUGAAAUUUACCUAUUUUCAAUGAGAAAACGGGAGAAUUUGUGUCUUUUCGUUCACAUCAAGUCAGAAAAAAACAACAUAUUAAUCAAAAUUAACAUGUAUUUAUACUAAAGUAAUACAUUUAGAAGUGAGCAGUUUUUCGAGAUUUACAAUUAUACUGUAAAUCACUUUCACUAAUCAGCCCCAAAUGUAGUCUCCCAUCAUGUUCUCGUUAUACUACAAAAGAAUAUUGUCGUGCAUAUGAUAAGCAUUGAAACAAUAAACAGCAUUGGAAGG